GGGUUGAGGGGCCGCCAUCGCGUCUCGGGUGGCAACGGGCGGCAGCAUCCCGAGGCGGCUCCGCGGGAGCGGAGGUAACGCGAUUGUGAUUUGGAAUCGUGGAGAAUUCACAGUCUUUCUACAAUGGCAGAAAGGACAGAUUAUACAAAAUCACAAAUUUCACUGGCUGAAUACAGCCCCGUCAAUAAAUCAGAAAGGACAGAUACACUUAGAACAAAGGAUGGAGACCAAAAUACAAUGCAACUGAAGAAAGAAAUAUCUUUAAUAAAUGGGAUAAGCCUUAUAGUAGGCAACAUGAUUGGUUCAGGUAUCUUUGUCUCGCCCAAAGGAGUUCUCAUCUACAGCAGAUCUUACGGAUUGUCUUUAAUAAUUUGGGCAAUUGGAGGGAUAUUUUCAGUCUUUGGAGCUCUCUGCUAUGCUGAACUUGGAACCACUAUUACAAAGUCAGGAGCCAGCUAUGCAUAUAUCUUGGAGUCUUUUGGGAGCUUCAUUGCUUUUAUUCGUCUGUGGACAUCACUCCUGAUUGUUGAACCAACUAGUCAGGCAAUCAUUGCCAUCACCUUUGCUAACUACAUAAUUCAGCCUUUCUUCCCUUCUUGCGACCCUCCGUAUGUGGCUUGUCGUCUCAUAGCAGCUACUUGUGAAUGUCUUUUGACAUUUAUAAAUUGUGCCUAUGUAAAGUGGGGCACACGUGUGCAGGAUAUAUUUACUUAUGCUAAAGUUGCUGCUCUUAUUGCUAUCAUCAUUGCUGGACUUAUUCAAAUAUGCCAGGGACACACAGGACACUUUAAGAACUCUUUUGAGGGAUCCUCUUCUGAUAUUGGAGAAAUCUCCCUUGCCUUAUAUUCUGCCUUGUUUUCUUACUCUGGCUGGGAUACACUCAAUUAUGUAACAGAAGAAAUCAAAAACCCAGAAAGGAACUUGCCCCUGGCUAUUGCAGUGUCUAUGCCAAUUGUGACUAUUAUCUAUAUUAUGACCAAUAUAGCUUAUUAUACUGUGCUGGAUGUUGAUGCUGUUCUCUCUAGUGAUGCUGUGGCAGUGACAUUUGCUGACAGGAUAUUUGGUAUCUUCAGCUGGACAAUUCCCAUUGCUGUAGCCUUUUCUUGUUUUGGUGGACUUAAUGCUUCAAUUCUAGCAUCAUCAAGGUUAUUUUUUGUAGGAUCUCGGGAAGGUCACCUUCCUGAUCUGUUGUCUAUGAUCCACAUAAAGAGGUUCACACCUGUGCCAGCACUGCUCUUCAAUUGUUUUAUGACCCUUAUUUACCUGGCUGUAGAAGAUGUCUUCAAGCUGAUAAAUUACUUCAGCUUCAGUUACUGGUUUUUUGUUGGUCUGUCUAUUGCUGGGCAGUUAUAUCUACGUUGGAAAGAACCAGAUCGACCAAGACCUCUUAAGCUGAGUCUGGCUUUUCCAAUAAUAUUCUGUAUAUGCACAGUAUUUCUGGUGGUAGUGCCACUCUAUAGUGACUUUAUAAAUUCAGUGAUUGGAAUUGCCAUUGCUUUAUCUGGAAUUCCAUUCUUUUUCUUGGGAGUCUAUUUACCUGCAUCAAGGAGACCUCAAUUUAUUAACAAGAUUAUGGGUGCAAUCACACGAAACAUGCAGAUGCUCUGUUACUGUGUUUUAACAGAGAUGGACCCAAAUGAAGAAAAGAAACCAGAAAUCAAAUCAAAAUAAAGUUUAAAGCCAUUACAAGAAGCAGGAGGGAGCAGUUAUACAAAUGAAAGGAAAAAGCUGGAACUGGAAGACACAAAAAAACUGUUUUCGGUGGUCUUUCAGAAAUGCUGAAAAUGUUCUUAAUUGCAGAUGGAUUCCAACGUUGGAAUCAUGCCCUUGUGUCAUCCUCCUAGACUGUGGCAUGUUUUCAGGGCAGGUUUUCAUUGGAUAGUGAUUACAAAUUCACACAGUCUGUGUGUCAAUGCUGUUUCUUCUUCAGAAUCGGUAUGAAAAUGGUAAGAGCUAAUGGAUCAAAUUAGAUUUCUGCAGAAACACAUGGUGAAGUAAUGUAUUAUUACGUUAGACUAAAACCCAUUCAACUUCAAAGACUAAGUCAUUUCCAGCUUAAUUCUGAUGGAUGUUUGCAUGAAAUUAUUUGCUGUACUCAGUUCUUUUCCCAGAAGAAAACUGGUCACAACAAGCUACUUCAUUUGUUUUUCUGCCCCUAAUGAAAAAUUAAGUUCUGCUCCAUUAUUUAUAGACUGAACCGACCUUUUUCCCUUAAAGAUUUUAUUCUGUAUGCUACAUGGAAAUGUAUCUGACUGUGGCAAGAUUUAAUCAGGUAAGCAUCUUGCCACUGAAGAAUUGAUUAAUGAUUGUUGAUUUUUUUUUUCUUGUUAACUUG